AAAUUUGAUAAAAUUGCAAUUCUUUUCGUUUUUGUAAAUUUACUGCUGCUGCCGCUGCUGCCUACUCACUAAAAACACUUGAUAGUAGUUUGCAAUUCUUUCUUUUCUUCCUACAUCUGGUUCUCAUUGCAUUUUGCUCACUUCCAUUUACCUUACCUAAGAGCGAAUGAGAUAACCGUAUAAUACGGACAACGUGUACCGCUCUUUUUGAAAUUGGUUUUUUUUUGUUUUUUUUUCUUUUUAUGAUAACUUGAAUUAUUGUAUUUGUAUAGAGUGUGUACGUAAGAGUGCGUUUGUGUUUUGCUUUGCAUUUAUGUAGUUGCUAUUCACGCCAACAACUUUUUAUUGCUUUACACAAGUUUGUAACAACAAGAUAAAAACCACCAUCAUAUCGCGUUUUCUGUUUUAUUUACUAUAAAAUUACAAUAAUUUCAUUAGCGGGUCUAGCGAAUUGUGUUUUGUUAGUGAGCGCGUCUGUCUGUAAGAUCGUUAGUGUAUUUUCUAUUGUAAUCGAUUUACAAUAAAAGAUAUUAGCACAAAAUACAUAUAAACACAUUCAAAUCAAAGAAAACGUGACUGAUGCAUUGUUCCAUGGAGCGCAGCAUAUCAGCUGGUAGCACAACUAACGCUUCAGGCCAAACCACUACCAUGGCUUCAGCGGCUGCGACUAAUACUAAAGACGGCGUAACAAUGCGUGAGAAGAAAGGCGGUGCGUUGCAAAAACUUAAAAAGAGGCUGUCACACAGUUUCGGCAGACUAACCAUAUCCCGAGAAGACAACGAUGAUGGUACACAUCAUCACCACCAUCAUCAUCACCAUCAUCAUCAUCGCGGUGGUCAUAGUCACAAUCACGGUAAUAAAGUUCCCUAUAAUGGUUACAAUUCCGAAGAAUAUUUGGAUAGACUGGAACCAAACGGUAACAUACCAACAGAUAAAUCCAAUUGCAGAUAUGGCGACUGGCGUAGCACAGAUAGCACCGACCACCACGAUCGAGUCCAACGACAAUUGUCCGUAUCAUCCGAUAGUAAAUUAUUAGAUGAUGAUAUACGAGAGGAAACUCGCGUCAUAAUGCGUCCAAAGAAACCACCCAGACCGAAAUCAGAAGUUUUCCUCAAUAAACAAGACCCGCAUCCGCGUCGUAAACGUUUCAGUGCAUUUGGUGGAGACUCACCGUUUGGAAAACAAGAUGCCUACGUUAAGUUAGAGCCUUUAGGGGAAGGCUCGUACGCCACAGUCUAUAGAGGUUUUAGCAAAUUAACUUAUCAGCGUGUGGCAUUAAAAGAAAUUAGACUGCAAGAGGAAGAAGGUGCCCCGUUUACGGCGAUACGUGAAGCCUCCCUAUUAAAAGAACUGAAACACUCAAAUAUUGUAACGUUGCACGAUAUUGUACAUACCAGGGAAACGUUAACAUUUGUAUUUGAAUAUGUGAAUACCGAUCUAUCACAGUAUAUGGAAAAGCAUCCAGGCGGCCUCGAUCAUCGCAAUGUACGUUUAUUUCUAUUUCAAUUGUUGCGAGGUCUUUCCUACUGCCAUAAACGUCGUGUUUUGCAUCGUGAUGUUAAACCUCAAAAUUUAUUAAUUAGUGAUUGCGGUGAACUGAAAUUGGCCGAUUUCGGUUUAGCGAGAGCAAAAAGUGUACCCAGUCAUACGUAUUCACACGAAGUGGUUACACUUUGGUACCGUCCACCAGAUGUCCUGCUUGGUAGCACCGAAUAUUCAACAUCGCUGGAUAUGUGGGGCGUGGGUUGUAUAUUUGUUGAAAUGGUAACUGGUAUGCCAACAUUCCCCGGUAUACGCGAUACAUACGAUCAAUUGGAUAAAAUUUUUAAGCUAUUGGGUACACCCACCGAAGAAACGUGGCCCGGGUGCACCCAUUAUCCUGGUUAUAAACCUCAUAAAUUAGGUGUCUAUCGUCCUCGCAAAUUGGGUCACAAUUUUCCUAGACUGUAUGAUAUUGUUGAGGGUGAAGCGAUAGCAAACGCUUUCCUGCAAUUAAAUCCUGAUAAAAGAAUAGGUGCCGAAGAGGCGUUACAUCAUAACUAUUUUGCACAAUUGCCAAAAAAAUUAUAUGAAUUGCCCGACGAAACCUCAAUAUUUACGGUUGAAGGUGUACAUUUAUAUCCAGAACCGAAUCGACAGAGCAAAUGAAAAUUAAAGCAGGUCCUAUCAGUGGACGGUGUACGUUUCUACUGUUAGCAGCAACAGCAUAUAGAACCGCAGCAACAAUAACCCAAUACAAGAUAAUUAAAUAGUUAAAAAUCCACCAG